AUGGCGAUUGAGAACGACUCUAAUCAUGUCAGUGGAGUCAUGGCUGAGGCCCUGAGCCAUCUCAAUAGGGUGGUGGAGCAUCUUCGAGGCGAGGAUGAAAACGAGGCAGCGAAUGAGAUCGCGAGAGAUGUCCAUUCAAUGCUGGACACGUUCAACCAUGUCACCGCGCCUUGGGACCAAGAGCAGUUCCUGAUGAAACCCGUCCCUGCAUCCGACCCUGCAGUCAGCAUUCGCCCCCCUCCUCCUGGCACCAGAUCUACCUGGGCUGCCGUCGCCGCCACCGACAUACCGAGAAACAACCGUCUAGUGAAAUUCCGGCCCUCUGAUGGUUUAAAGCGACAGGUCAAUAAAGAAGAGUUGCCAAAAGAUGAAGAUUAUCGUUGUGUCUGGAUCUAUGGCUGGAGCAAGAACAGACCGUUGAAGGACGUCACCCAACGUGUCAGUUAUGGAGCAAUCUUUUCCAUGGUAUAUGUGGAACAGCACAACGCUACUUGCGUCAUCUUCCAAUAUGCGAGCUCGGCCAUAGCCCUCGUGGACGAGGAUUCAUAUGCUCGACGUGACCAUGGAGGAGGCUUGUUCGGACCAGGUACCGAGAUCAAGAUGGGAGAGGCAUAUCCAGAAAACGAUGAGCUCCAGCGCAUGUCGGCUCCUAUCAAUGAGCGUCGCCGCCUAACCUUUGCUCGCCAACAACUCUUCACCAAUGGCAUGAAUCAAGUACGAUUCAUGAAAGACUUGAGUGAUAUUGUUGGAGAACACAACAUAGAGUUGGUUUGGCUAUUCAAUACUGGAAACGCCACGGUUGUCUUUGCUGCAACUGCGAUUGCACGAAUUAUCCGUGACGAAUUUAUCAAGCGUUCACGAAAGCCUGGUCCGUACCAGGAAGUACAGAUUGGGUUCAGUCAUGACCCGUGCGAACGCCCCUUGAACCUCAUCACCCAGAUCCCUUGUCCUGGAGACGGUUAUCCUGGAAAAGGUCGCGAUCGACGGGACAGCGCAGUGUCGGCUUCGAACAUUCGCUCAUACAAUCCGACUGCACCUAAGUUCACACCAGGAAAUGUUAUUGUGAAUCGAGGCAAGAAGGGAACUGAUGCUGAUGGUUGGCAGACUGUUCACAGAAAACGCUAA